CAAAAACCAGUCGUAUCCGUCUUUGUGAAGAAAUUGGCGUGGGAAACAGAUACAUUUGCUAGGAAAAACAAAAUGGCUGAUAACGAAAAUGAAGCUGAAUUAUUGGACUAUGAUGAGGAGGAAAAUGAAACCACCACAGAGGCAGCUGGAGAUGCGACCCAGAAGAAAGAUGUUAAGGGAACAUACGCCUCCAUUCACAGUUCUGGUUUCAGGGACUUCUUGUUGAAACCAGAACUGCUACGUGCCAUUGUGGACUGUGGUUUCGAGCAUCCAUCAGAAGUCCAGCACGAGUGUAUCCCACAAGCCAUCCUGUCUAUGGAUGUGUUAUGUCAGGCCAAAUCGGGUAUGGGGAAGACUGCUGUGUUUGUGCUGGCCACAUUACAACAACUAGAUCCAGUGGACGGUCAGGUUUCAGUCUUAGUGUUGGCACACACUCGUGAACUGGCCUUCCAGAUCAGCAAAGAGUACGAGCGUUUCAGCAAGUACAUGAACAACAUCAAGAUCGCCGUGUUCUUCGGAGGGUUGCCCAUCAAGAAGGACGAGGAAGUGCUAAAGAAGAACUGCCCACACAUCGUGGUGGGAACGCCAGGGAGGAUUCUCGCUCUAGCCAGAAACAUCAAGUCCCUGAAUCUGAAGAACAUCAAGCAUUUCAUCCUGGACGAGUGUGACAAAAUGCUCGACCAGCUAGAUAUGAGGCGCGAUGUUCAAGAAAUCUUCCGCAUGACGCCCCACGAGAAACAGUGCAUGAUGUUCAGCGCCACCCUCAGCAAAGAUAUAAGACCAGUCUGCAAGAAGUUCAUGCAAGAUCCUAUGGAGGUUUAUGUGGAUGAUGACUCCAAACUGACUCUCCAUGGACUAAGGCAGCAUUAUGUGAAACUAAAGGACAACGAGAAGAACCGCAAACUGUUUGAGCUGUUAGAUGUGCUGGAGUUCAAUCAGGUGAUAAUCUUUGUGAAGUCUGUACAGCGGUGCAUGGCAUUGGCUCAGCUGUUAGUGGAGCAGAACUUUCCGGCUAUUGCCAUCCACAGAGCUAUGACACAGGAUGAAAGGUUGUCUCGGUACCAGCAGUUCAAAGAUUUCCAAAAGCGAAUCCUAGUGGCCACAAAUCUGUUUGGUCGAGGCAUGGACAUUGAACGAGUCAACAUUGUGUUUAACUAUGACAUGCCUGAGGACUCUGACACUUACCUUCACAGGGUGGCCCGUGCAGGUCGUUUUGGCACCAGAGGUUUGGCCAUCACGUUUGUGUCUGACGAAAACGAUGCUAAGGUCUUAAACGACGUACAGGACAGGUUUGAAGUGAACAUCACAGAACUGCCGGACGAGAUUGACAUCGGCUCCUACAUUGAAGGACGUUAAUCGUCGGUGAAUGCAGGAAACCUUGAAGGUGUUUUAACUUGGAAUCUGGUAGAAUCAAGUGACCAUGCUGCAAGAAAUUCAUAUAAAUUAUGGCCAUGUUUCUCGUGGGAAUACUACCAAACUUUUAAAGUACUCACGAUUUUGUUUUUAGCGAACAUCAGCUACGCCUGUACAUUCAUCUCCUCUCAUCUGUUUUGUAUCAUAGUUUUGUGUUUAAAUGUCUUAACCUUGUAAAAAUAAAGAUAUCUUAAGAUUUUGAACUUGA